GAAGAUUUUCCUCCAGUAUUAUUUUUUUAUUUUUUUCCUCCGAUGAAAGCCGUUUGAGUGGGGGGCAUUUUGCACAAAUUAAACAUGCUACUCUGCUUCGCCCUAUAAGCAUCCUAGGAGCCUGUGCUUACCAAUCAAUUGGUACAGUCAAACAGAGCCGCAGCCUGCGUGAGAGUGGAGACCUUCAGUCUCGCUUUAUUUCUGGAUAUUGGGGGACCUCUCUACCAUGUCAUAUCCACAAUUUGGAUAUCCCUAUUCGUCUGCUCCACAAUUCCUGAUGACAACCAACUCUCUGACCACUUGCUGCGAGUCCACCGGCAGAUCCAUAGCCGACUCCGGGGUAGCGGCGUCCGGGCAGACACCAGUCUACUGUCCCGUGUACGAGAGCCGGCUGCUGGCCACGGCGAGGCACGAGCUCAGCUCCGCCGCCGCACUGGGCGUGUACGGGAGCCCGUACACCGGCAGUCAAGGCUAUGGGAAUUACGUUACAUACGGCACGGACGCCUCAGCUUUCUACUCGCUGGGCACAUUUGAUACUAAAGAUGCGACAGCUUCUGCACAUGCUGGAAUAACACAGGCAACAGCCUACUAUCCUUAUGAUCCAACCUUAGGACAGUACCAGUAUGACAGAUACGGCUCCAUGGAUGGUGGAACAAGGCGGAAAAACGCCACGCGUGAGACGACCAGCACGCUGAAGGCCUGGCUGCAGGAGCACAGAAAGAACCCGUACCCAACCAAAGGCGAGAAGAUCAUGUUGGCCAUCAUCACCAAGAUGACCCUGACUCAGGUCUCCACGUGGUUCGCCAAUGCCAGGAGGAGGCUCAAGAAGGAGAACAAGAUGACAUGGCCGCCCAGAAACAAGGGCUCGGAGGAGAAGAGAUAUGACGAGGAUGAGGAUGGGUCCCAGGAGGAGCAGAUAAAGAGCGAGAACAAUGAGGAUGAGACCAGGAGUCGGCCCGAUAAGGACCUCCAGCUGAGCGACCUGGAUGACUUCGACACACUGGAGUCUGAGAACUCAGAGUGUGAGCUGAAACACCGCUACCACAUGAACACACACAUGACCACGACGAGCGACUGUACCGCUGAACACCUCAUGAAGGACACGUCUCUGAAAAUCUCCAUCCCGGUUUCUCUGGGAGGGGAGCAGGACUUGAGCAAAAGUUGUCUGAAAACGAGUCCGGAUGAUUUCCAGGCGGAGAGCAGACAGCAGGUGAAGACGUGCUACAACCAGCAGCAGCAGCAACCAGGGCACCAGAUUUUAGACGGCAAACCUCGUAUCUGGUCUUUGGCCCAAACCGCGACCUCUCUGAACCAGACUGAGUACCCGUCCUGUAUGCUGAGGUGCCAGCCCCCGCCGCCCUCCUCCCUCACCCCCUCCCCCGCCGCUACCUCACCCGUGUCCGGCCUGGACAACAGGCAGGACUCGCCGGUCACGACCCUGAGAAACUGGGUGGACGGGGUUUUCCACGACCCCCUUUUCAGGCACAGCACUUUGAGCCAGGCUCUGACCAACAACACCGUCUCUUGGACCUCGAACACCAAAGGCCCCGCCAUGCUGGAGGCGGAGAGGAGCGCGGCGGCCUUGCAGCAGCACCAGGACUCCUCCAAAGACAGUUUCCCCAAAAAUAUCAACAAACUCUUCUGCUCCUAACAAAACCAAAAACCACCCUUUGAUUUCUUGGAGAGAAACAGAGACUUUUGUGACUGAUGGGAGAGCCUGUUCGCUCUCAAUGAUCCCCUCUUUAUGUUUUAUUCGUUUUUAAAAACAAUGGUAGCUGUUAAAUUGGCGGUACACAAGUGAAAUACCCGGACCAGUUUUUGGUAAUUUGAUUUUACGCACGCACAAAAAGUAUCGAAAUGUAUAACUAAAAGUUUACAUCCUGAAAAAAUAGGCCUAAGGUUUACAUGAGUUUCUUUUUCAAGUUUUCUUUCUAUGCGCAUGCAAAUGUAAUUGAAUAUUAUUUAGGUCUCAGAAGUGGAGUAUCACUAUUAAAAGAAAAAAAAGAACUCUCACAAAAUGCACAGCUCUCUUAGAAAGUGAGAGCGUCUCAACUUUGUUCACUGAAAAUAAAAGCAGUCGGUUUCUGAAGA